AUGACCUUCGAUCCUGAGGAUGACUGGGUCGUUGAUGAACGGUGUAUGGCUGUUUGUUUGCGUGGGAGGGCUACGUUCUCUUGGAAGAGCACUCGGCAGGCUUGGGAUGAAAUGUUCGUUUAUCGGAUUAAGCUUGCUGAAGAGCUGUCUGGAGAUUUGGCGGGCAGGGGGAUGUUGAAGGUUUGUGAGUAUUUUGUUUGGGCGGAUACUGGGGCUGCUUAUCUUGCUAGGCUGGGGAGGUUGGGGGAGUUACUUAGGGAUCAGGGUGAAGGUGGGAAGGAAGGGAUUUAUCUUGGUUAUGAUGGAAAGACCCAGAAAGAGCAGAGAGAGAAGGGAGACGGUCCAUCCCAGGAUGUACUUGGAGGGGGUUUGAAUGUCUAUGGAAGCUGUGGAUGA